UUGCAGAACCACACUGAAGAUCCUUGCGGGCCAGGCGUCGUCCGCAGAAACAUGGUCGCCGAGUUCAUCCUCAGUCAGCAGCAGCUGCUGAACGCUGGAGGAGGGCCGCCGCUAGUGCCGCCACCCUCACCCUCACGCAUCGCACAGCCACCACGCGCUUGCCUAUCUGUCUCCCCACACUUCCCAAUGGAGCAAGGACCACCAUCCAGCAACGGAGAUGACUACGGAAAUUCCUUCGACUUCUCAAAGAGGAAGGAUUUCUUCGGACAACGUAAACAGAGAGAAUUCAUCCCCGACAGCAAGAAGGACGACGGAUACUGGGAUCGAAGACGGCGCAACAACGAGGCCGCCAAACGAUCCCGGGAGAAGCGGCGCUUCAACGACAUGGUGCUCGAACAACGUGUUGUAGAACUGUCCAAGGAGAACCACGUGUUGAAGGCUCAGUUGGACGCUAUCAAAGAGAAGUACGGCAUCUGUGGAGAGACACUCAUCAGCAUCGAUCAAGUACUGGCCACAUUACCGACUUGUGAUCAGGUUCUCUGUGUAACGAAGAGGAGUAAACUGUCCACAAACACUCUGUUCUCACCUGCACAAGCUCCGCCGGCGCCGGUCCAGCCCGCCUCACCUCCCUCUCCUCAACCUCAACACGCGCCCGAACAGUAUCAAGAGCGUCUCCCCGCGCCUGAAGCAUACUACUCACAUCCAUCUCACUUCGAGCCUCCCGGUUCAGUCCUCAACCUGUCCCGCCCGCGCCGCGCGCCCUCCCCCUACGAGCUCUCCUCUCUCUCGGGCUCCGGAGACGAGACAACAGAACAGUACGCGCCCGAGAACAACUGCCUCCCUCUCAAACUCCGCCACAAGUCACACCUCGGUGACAAAGACGUCGCCAGCGCCCUCCUCUCACUACAACACAUUAAACAAGAACCUGGCCCGAGGUCCUCACCGUCGUGGGACGGAGAGGGCUCAAGCGAUGAAAGAGAUUCAGGGAUCUCACUAGGAGUCGAAUACAGACCUCCGAGGUCCGACGAGAGGCUGGCAGAAGAAGAGGACGCGCACCUUAAAGCUGAACUGGCGCGGCUCGCGACGGAGGUGGCCACGCUGAAGAACAUGAUGCACCAGAACAAGUCGCGCUCCCUGGAACACUGA